AUGAAGGGGCCAAGAAUCGGUGGCCUACCGAGCGAGCUGGACUUCUGCCAGGAGCCCCGUCACGGUUGGACAGUGUUGCUGCUUGUGUAUCUGGGCAUCUGCGCCUCCCUGCCUGUCACGAUUCUCUCCGCCCCGGCGCAAGUUCGUGAAAUAUCGAAGGAGGGCUCGCAGCGACGUCCAAACGACGCCAAUAAUGAUUCGGCUGCCGGAGGUGAUUCGCCGGUAUUCGAGCCGACAGCGGCGAAUGUCAGCGCGUACGUCGGCCAAACGGUCUACCUGCCCUGUCGUGUACGAAAUUUGGGCGAUAAAGUGGUGUCCUGGAUGAGGAGCAAGGACCUGCACAUCCUCACGUCCGGGACAAGCCCGUUCAGUUCAGACACGAGGUUCGGUCCUCAGCACACACCGGGCAGCGACGCGUGGACUCUCAGGCUGAACAACGCGAGGAAGACUGACUCGGGCCAGUACGAAUGCCAGGUGAACACCGAGCCCAAGAUGAUGUAUGCGGUUCAGCUGUCCGUGCGAGAUGCCGACAAGCCGGAGGGCUACGACGAGCCGCAUUCACAGCAGACACGAAUAAGUUACGAGAGCACGGCGCCAGUGGCUGCUAUAAUGGGUCCGCGGGAGCAGAAGGUGGCACCGGGUUCGACGAUCACCCUUAGGUGCGUCAUAUUGUCCCCGUAUCAGACCCGACCCAUCAGGGGCGUGCAGUGGCUACGGGAUAACAAACUCUUAACAUUCCAGGCGGCACGAGGCGGGAUAAACGUGGAGACGGAGCGAGGCGCGGCUCGCACAGUUUCCGAAUUGACUUUGGCGGAGGUGACGCCGAACGACGUCGGGAAAUACUCGUGCAGACCGACCGAGGGACGAACGGACACUGUAAUGCUGAUCGUCGAGCCAGGGGAACGCACGGAAGCCAUGCAACGUGACGCCGGAUACGUCUCUUCCGGAUGCGACGUCACCCACUGGCCCGUGCUUCUACUUCCGUUCUCGUGGUUUCUAAUACUCGCGCGAAACAGCCAAACUUUCCUGCAAUAGCGUCCCUCACGUACACAUAUACCGACAGUAUUUCACGCCUGUUUCCCUGUUGAAG